AUGCAAGUCUCCAGCGACAGUCGAGCUGUCGAGACGGGAGCUGUCCAGAGCGAGGACCGCCAGUCUGCGGACUCCCUGGAAGAAUCUGAGACGCCUCUCCCCUCUGUUGGGCUGCUGCUGCAAGUGAUCGCAGAGCACAAGAAGCGCGAGCACUUGCAGCUCUCGCUUAUCGCCUCGCUGGAGGCGCAGCUCGCGGAGACUCGGGCGUGUGUCUCCGAGUAUCGCGCAUGUCACGAUGUUGCGAGCAAUCGCCUGCGCACCGUCGUAGUCGACCCUGCCGUCAGUUUGGAAAUCAAGACGCUCCGGAGAAAACUCUUCGACACAGAAACGCUCCUCCGCCGCGCGAAGGAGCAACUCGCUGCGCAGAACUUCUCGGGCCAGAGUGUUAUGGGCCAGCGUCUGAUCAACAAAUGCAAAACUCUGCAGGAGGAAAACAACGAGCUGGGCCGUUCUCUCGCCGAGACGCACCUGCAGCCUCUGACGGUCGAAGUUGCGGGUCUGAAGAAACAUGUCGCUUUCUUGCGUGGGGAACUCAGGCAACUCCGCGAACUGAACAGCGACAUGGAUCGCGACAAUGAAACGAUGGCCCUCCAACUUCAAGAGCUCUCCACCACCGUCGCAGGAGUGACGGCGGAGCGCGACCAGCUUCAGCAAGAAGUGACUUCUCUUCGCGAACAGCUCGAGAGUCUUCGAGUGUCUGGUUCACCAAGGCAAGCCCAAAACUACUACGGUCCGAAUGAACGAUACCCCGAGAGCGCUGACGGCAGCAGGCCCAGCCGGUCGACGCGAGAAGGCAGCUGGCAUGCAGGUGCGUCGGCUGAGACGAGAAGUAGCUCGCGUCGAGAUCGGAGCCGCUACGCAGAGAAAGACAGAGAGUACGAAGCGAACGGCCGCGGAGACAGCAAGGAAGUCGUGGACUGUGUGCGCCGGGAACGCGAGGAGCGCGCGUGCAGUCGGGAGGUCGACGCGAGCAAGGUGGACGGCCGCGACAGUCGUCACGCGUUGCCGUUCUACGCGAGUGUAAGGCGAGACGAGACGCACCAUGCAGGCGCCUCCGAGUCGAGAAGAACCGAACGCGGCGCCUCCAGAGGCAGCUACAAAGACUACGGGGCAGGCAUGCGACAUCACACUCACGAGCGCGACUGGAGGCGAGAAGAAGACAAAGAGAGAAGUGGACGGUCAGAGAGAGACUACAAAGUGCGGGCGGACCGCGGAAGGACAACCAAGGACGAGCGAGAGCGAAGAUACGACUGACACGCGCUCAACAGGAAGACGAUGCUAAGCGUGGAGAGAAACCUCAAGAAACAAGUGGAAAGAAGGACAUGUAUUUCAGACAGCGCGACACCUACACCCAUGCCUAUAUUCAUCUAUAGUCAUGUAUAUAUAAAGGGCAAUGACGCGGAUACAGAGAUAUCUAGGGUCACCGAAAAGAAGUAUCCAACCUGUGUUUAUGGUGGAUAUUCCGUAGGAUAUAUGCGUGUGAAGUUUAUAUGGAUGGACGACGUCCUGUUUUGAGGAGAGAGCACGGGGAAUGUCGGCGGAGGCCGGCUACACAGCGGAUUGCAGUUUUCGAAGUUUUUCGGAGUCGAGCGUCGUGGAAACACGGAGGCGGUUCCUUCAGGUGCCUUUUCUGUCACUCGAGAGAAAAAGUGAAGUCGUUACUCAUCGGGCGCUGUUUUGCCCAGGUCAUAUGGACUUCACUUCCUGUUUUCAAACAUCAACGCUCUCCAAAUUAAGGCCUUACUCCGCUC